UCCAGCGCCCAGCUAGCCAAGGCUGCGAUUGAGCGAGCGCCCCUGCAGCCGCGGCUGCCGCGAGCACCAGCAGCUCCCGCGCCGCGGCGAGACCGAGAAGAGACUGACCGACCGACGGACCCUUCCAGCCGAGGCAUCCCAGAGGAAAACAUGCUUGCCAAUUCAGCCAGCGUGCGGAUUCUCAUCAAAGGAGGCAAGGUGGUAAAUGAUGACUGCACCCAUGAGGCCGACGUCUACAUUGAGAAUGGCAUCAUCCAGCAGGUGGGCCGUGAGCUCAUGAUCCCCGGAGGGGCCAAGGUGAUUGAUGCCACUGGAAAACUGGUGAUCCCUGGGGGCAUCGACACCAGCACCCACUUUCACCAGACCUUCAUGAACGCCACGUGUGUGGAUGACUUCUACCAUGGGACCAAGGCAGCACUAGUUGGAGGCACCACCAUGAUCAUUGGCCACGUGCUGCCCGACAAGGAGACCUCCCUCGUGGAUGCCUACGAGAAGUGCCGGGGUUUGGCUGACCCCAAGGUCUGCUGCGACUAUGCCCUCCACGUGGGGGUCACCUGGUGGGCACCAAAGGUGAAAGCAGAAAUGGAGACACUGGUGAGGGAAAAGGGUGUCAACUCGUUCCAGAUGUUCAUGACCUACAAGGACGUGUAUAUGCUUCGGGACAGUGAGCUCUACCAGGUGUUGCACGCUUGCAAGGACAUUGGAGCAAUCGCCCGAGUCCAUGCUGAAAAUGGGGAGCUCGUGGCUGAGGGUGCUAAGGAGGCACUAGAUUUGGGUAUCACAGGCCCAGAAGGAAUCGAGAUCAGCCGUCCGGAGGAGCUGGAAGCUGAAGCCACUCACCGCGUUAUUACCAUUGCCAACAGGACUCAUUGUCCCAUCUACCUGGUCAACGUGUCCAGCAUCUCAGCCGGUGAUGUUAUUGCAGCUGCUAAGAUGCAAGGGAAGGUUGUGCUGGCAGAGACCACCACUGCGCAUGCCACGCUGACAGGCUUGCACUACUACCACCAGGACUGGUCCCAUGCAGCUGCUUAUGUCACUGUGCCUCCCCUGAGACUGGACACCAACACCUCAACCUACCUCAUGAGCCUGCUGGCCAAUGAUACUCUGAACAUUGUGGCAUCAGAUCACCGGCCUUUCACCACAAAGCAGAAAGCUAUGGGCAAGGAGGACUUCGCCAAGAUCCCACACGGAGUGAGCGGCGUGCAGGACCGCAUGAGUGUCGUCUGGGAGAGAGGAGUGGUUGGAGGAAAGAUGGAUGAGAACCGUUUUGUGGCUGUUACCAGUUCCAAUGCAGCGAAGAUUCUCAACCUGUAUCCCCGCAAAGGCCGCAUCAUCCCUGGAGCUGAUGCUGACGUGGUGGUGUGGGACCCAGAAGCCACAAAGACCAUCUCAGCCAGCACCCAGGUGCAGGGAGGAGACUUCAACCUGUAUGAGAACAUGCGCUGCCAUGGCGUCCCGCUGGUCACCAUCAGCCGGGGGCGCGUCGUGUAUGAGAACGGCGUCUUCAUGUGCGCUGAGGGCACCGGCAAGUUCUGUCCCCUGAGGUCCUUCCCCGACACUGUCUACAAAAAGUUGGUCCAGAGAGAAAAGACCUUAAAGGUGAAGGGAGUGGACCGCACACCCUACCUGGGGGAUGUGGCCAUUGUUGUGCAUCCUGGGAAAAAAGAGAUGGGAACGCCACUCGCAGACACUCCUACCCGGCCUGUUACCCGACAUGGAGGCAUGAGGGACCUUCAUGAAUCCAGCUUCAGCCUCUCUGGUUCUCAAAUAGAUGACCAUGUUCCAAAGCGAGCUUCAGCGCGGAUCCUUGCUCCCCCUGGAGGCAGGUCAAGCGGCAUUUGGUAAAGGCACCGACCAGCCCCCCAAGUGAGGAUACACUGCUGCCACCAGCCCACAUACCCUCCGGCCACAGCUGCAGGGGGCGGGAGAGGCUGGGCUGGGCAGCACACCUGAGGGGGCCAUGGAACGGGGAGCCCUCCCCGUGUCUGACAUGUGAUUUACUGUGCUUUGAGCCAACCAACCCGAACAGGCACUUUGAAAUGUGUUCCUCCUGCUGCAGUCCUUUCCUGCCCUGGCCUGGGCAGGCGUUUCUGGGGCCCAGGAAACCCACACCAUGCACAGAGCCCACUGCAUAGAGCCUGGCCCAGCCCCUCCCCUCACACCUGCCUCCCUGUGCUGGCUUUGGGAAAGCCCAGACUUUAGUGCCCUGUCCCCUGGCUGACCUGCCAGUUGUCCAGAGCACUUUAGCAGCUGUGUUUUUUAAAAAAAGAUUCCCUCUCCCAUGCCUUUAGGCCCUGUGGUCACUUUCCCCAGUGAGACAGGUGUUAGCUUCCCAGCCUUACCUGGGAUGUUCCGCUUUUUCCUGCCUGCCCUUGUGUGGGUGUGGUUGGGACCCCCUGGGUGUGGGUGUGGUUGGGAUACUCUGCACCCUUUGCCAGCUUCUUCCUUUCUCCACUCCAGCCUCUGGGAUUCACAGGCCCAGAAGGGCUAGCUGGCGGGGCGCAAGGCUGGUGCCAGGCGCGUGUACAUGACUUUGUUUUGCACGUUUGGUUUGCCCAGUGGUUUGAUUUGACUUGUUUGUGCAUCCUGUGAAAAAUAUCGGUGCUUCGUGUCACUAGCAUAGCAUAGAAACAGGAAUAGAUGUGGACCUCAAGAGAUGCUGCACUCGACACCGACCAGACAGCCUGGGACAUGGACGGGGCCUGCGGUGCUGGACUCACAGGCCCUUCCUCUCCCUACCUGGAGUCUUCCAGGCUGCCGAAGGCCCUGUCCCAGGCCCUCUUCCUGUUGCCUCCCAUCCUGGUCUCAUUUCCUGCAUUCUGAGAGGGUGCCCAGUAUGCUGGUACUGGAGACCUUUGGGGGGCAGAGUGGCGUGUCCCAUCUCUGGCACUGGUCACUACCAGCACACACGCCCCACACGCCCAGCUUCCUGGAAACUCCCCCUGCUGGAUGGUGGCCCACCUGCUCCACCUGUGUGCCUGGCAAGAGGCCUCACCCCUGGCAAGAGAGGACUGGGAUUAGGAGUCACAAACUGGCUAAAUGCCAGGAAAGGAGACCAGGCCCACAGGACCUGGCAGGAGAACCCAGCUCGCUGCACAGGGGCUGUGGGCUCCUGUGGUCAGCACCUCACUCUCCCCUGCUGGGGCCUCCAGGUCCCCCCACAGCCAGUUGGGCCCUCCCAUAGAACUCCAGGUUUCCGUGGAAACACUAGAAGCUGGGGGAUCUCCAUCCACCUUGAGUGAGCUGGGCAGUGACUCAACCACCUGCUUUUGUUAAACCUUGUCCUCCACUUGGGGAGUGAUUUCACGUUGCACAUUUGGUCUGAGCACCCCAGGCUUGCACGAGGCUCCUGGACUCUGGGCUAAUGGGCAAACAUGCAGAGGCAUGUUUCUGUAGUGCUUUUCAAUUUUGCAAAGCACUUCCAUAUAUGAACUCUGAAUGCUCCUCAUGACAACAGAGCAUAUCAUUCUCCCCAUUUCAGAGAGACCCAGAAAGGUUAGGCCUUCUGACCCAGAAGUGCCCAUGACUACCCUUAAAAGCUUGGCUGUCUGUCCUAGCUGAGGAGGGAAGAGUGGGGUGACAUCUCUUAUAGCUCCCACCCAGGAGUUUAGCCAACUAGAGAACUUACUCCCCUGCUAGGUAUUCUGCUUUGUUUUGCACAGGUAGAUAGAUUUUUCUUGUAAACAAACUGAUGCAUAUUCGCUGUUUGAGCCAGAACUAGCUAAACAUUGGGGGCUUCCCAUGUGCUUUAGCUGCCUCCACAUCCCCACUUCUCCCUUCACGCUCAUCUUCCUCACUUUGGGUCAAAAAGGUCAGAGAUGGUAACCCAGGGAGCAGAGGCAUAUGGAGGGGACAGUAGGUAGGAGUCUGGGCCUACUAAAUUAUGACACUGACCCCUUGGUACAAUGUACAUCAUCUUCAUCCCUUUCAGCCCUUGCUGGGCCAUGGGCCUUGGGCAGAUGCCAAAGAGCCGGGCAGUGGUGAUGUCCAGUGGGCAGAGCAUCACUGCUUGGGCUAGGAAAGCUUUACCUUCUCUGAGUGCCUCCGCCUGAGAGAUGCAUGGUCCUUGGCUCUGGAAGACCACAUCUUGGAGUGGUCCACCAUAGGCCUUCCAUUCAUCCAUCCCCGAUCCUUACACAGACCCCACCCUUGCCCAGGAGCUUCUAGAUGAAAGUCAGAAGGAGGUUAAAAGGAUAGUCACCCACUCCUUGCCCCUAUGCAGAGCUCCAGCCAGCUCCAUCACCAGCCCCUCUGGCUCCUGGCUGGAGUGAAAAGGAUCUCUGGUUGCACUGAAUGCAGCUCUCAAACUGGUCUUGUACUUGCUGAAUAAAUACUGUUGUUCUUGCCUUAGCUGCUCUCUAGGUUUGUGGGGUUAAGUUGCCAGAAAAUUGUGCUACUGUGUGUGCGUGUGGGUGUGCGUGUGUGUCGUGCUAGGAGUCCACAGUAGGUCUGUCAAGCCAAUGCCGUGAUGAGGGCUUUUCCAAUACUGAUCCAGAAACCACAGAACCACGCGAAAACCCAACUCCCCUCCAGCUGCCCAGGUGGCAGGCACAGCCUGGGGUCAGAAUGGAGCCUCCAGCACCCAAGUGACUUCCUCGCGCCUCUGUAAAUGUCAUGGUGCUAAGUUGUGUCAACCCCAAGACGACACAGGUCCUGUGCUUUGGCCACCCAUUGGAGGCAAAAACAAAACAGCCCGACACGUUGUGUUCUGGUGCAGGUUUGUAUUAAACUGUAGCUACUUCUCACUUGGUCUCAGUUGUG